AUGUCUGAAAAUCUGCCUACAGAUCCCGUGAAUGUCGCGGUAGCGGAGCUGGUUGGUAUGGCCGACAUGCUUAGAAGGAUGCGAGAUGGAUGCUGGAACAAGUGUAUUUCAUCUGUAAAAGGUCCUCAACUGGAUGCUGGAGAAUCAAGCUGUAUAGAUCGUUGCGUUAACAAGUACUUGGACAUUCACACCUUGGUUGGAUUCCAAUUGCAACAGGCAUCCCAGAAUGCAGAGCAAGCAUAG